AUGUGGAUUUACAAAAUUCUGCUCUGUGUGGCCGUUUUGGUUUACUCAGCUGGCAUGGAUGGGCUCUGGUGGGGAUUUGAGAAGGUUUGGUGCUGCACACAAGGAUCAGAGCCAGAUUUCUUUGGCCUUCGGAAUUCUCUCCACCACCUCAUCAAAGCAGACCACUUCAUGAGAGAAUGCAUCAUUGGCAAUGGACUCAACUACAAAGGAAAGAGAUCGGUGACCAAGAGUGGAGCCCAGUGCCAACUCUGGAAUUCCAAAACGCCGCAUGAACACAAUUUCUUACCCCUGAGGCACAAGCACAGAGAUCUACGGGAGAAUUUAUGUCGUAAUCCAGACAACACCACAACAGGUCCUUGGUGCUUUACCACAGACCCCAAAAUACGGCACCAGGACUGCAGCAUCCCACAAUGCUCGGAAGUGGAAUGUAUGACGUGUAAUGGAGAAAGUUACCGUGGACCAUUGGACCACACGGAGAGCGGCCGGGAAUGCCAGCGCUGGGACCUUGAUGAACCACAUAAACACCUAUUCCACCUUAAAAGAUACCCUGAUAAAGGUCUAAAGGACAACUACUGCAGGAACCCAGACGGGCGCCAGAGACCCUGGUGUUUCACCACCGAUCCGAGCACUCCAUGGGAGUACUGUAACAUCAAACAGUGCGAUUCAGACAACGGCGGUGGCAUUGACAACACAACAACUUGUUUCCGUGGACGUGGAGAGGGUUAUCGUGGAACGGUUGGCAUCACCCCCGAGGGAGUGACCUGUCAGAGAUGGGAUGCCCAGUUUCCCCAUCGACACUCUUAUACUCCACAGAAUUACCUUUGCAAGGAUCUCCGGGAGAACUACUGUAGGAAUCCUGAUGGUCGACAUCUCCCAUGGUGCUUCACGACUGACCCCAAUGUACCUGUGGCAUUCUGCAUCAACAUCCCUCGCUGUGGCGUUACACUAUCUGACCCUGAAGAGUGUUAUACGGGCAUUGGUGACACAUACAAUGGAAAACGGGCAAAAACACGCUCUGGCAUCCCUUGUGCUCCAUGGAAAGACCACAAGUGUUAUACGGGCAUUGGUGACACAUACAAUGGAAAACGGGCAAAAACACGCUCUGGCAUCCCUUGUGCUCCAUGGAAAGACCACAGUAAAAGUAAUGAAAGAGAUGUGGACUUGCUGAUGGGUGAACAGGCGGGGAACUUCUGCAGAAACCCAGACAAGGACAAACAUGGCCCGUGGUGUUAUACCAACAGCUCAUCCAUCCCCUGGGAUUACUGCUCUUUCAAACCCUGUGAGCCCUCACAUAACAGUCUACCACAAAAAGAUGAGGGUACAAAGAUCUCAUGUUUUGUUCACAAGCAGGUGAGAAUCGUCGGUGGUUGGCCUGUCCGGAUUAAAGAAGGCAGCUGGAUGGUCAGCAUACAGAGAGGGAGCACUCACUGGUGCGGAGGUUCUCUGGUCAGGGAGGAGUGGGUGCUGACAGACAGACAGUGCUUCUCGUCAUGUGUGCCUGACCUAUCAGAGUACAGAGUUUGGCUUGGUAUAUCCCAUUUGAACGAGUCGGGUGAGAAUGACUUCCACAGACAGGAGAGAAGAAUCUCUCAAGUCAUCUGUGGCCCGGAAGGCUCUAGUCUCGCUCUGCUCCGACUGACUCAACCUGCACUCCCAAGAGAGCGUGUCAGAAUUAUUCAGCUGCCCGUGGCGGACUGCAGCAUUCAGGAGGACACCAUAUGCUCUGUGUAUGGCUGGGGUGAGACCAAAGGCACUGGACACGAGGGAACAUUGAAAAGAGUUAAUCUGCCAAUAGUGAGCAAUGAACGAUGCCAGCAGCUUCACAAAGGGACAAUUCCGAUCACUAGUUCAAAACUGUGUGCUGGUGGCAGGAGAGAUGAAGGAGUAUGCGAGAAAGACUAUGGCGGCCCUCUGGUAUGCCAAGAGAGUAACAGUAAAGUCAUUGUCGGCGUGAGCAUAAACGGCAGAGGAUGUGCUCGACACAACCGACCGGCCAUUUUCGUGAACGUGGCCUUCUAUACUGGAUGGAUUCAUAAAGUAUUCAGAAAUUAUCCAAACUCAGAACUAAACAACUGAUGGAGAAUAAGCAGGCUUGAACAUACGAUUUGAGAACAAAAAUUCAGAAUCUCCAUAAAUCCGACAGGUUAUUUCUUGAUUUAAGGGUCACCUGAACAGCUCUUUUUGAAAAAGUUAUUGGGAACUUUCCCAGCUUGGCCGAAAAACAUAUAUUCAGAAACUACUCGAAGAGCUAGAACUACGACUGAAACUAUUGCUCUGAAUUCAAGCAAUUUGUUCACCUAAUAAUGCCAGAACCGCAGAGCAAGGCGCCGAGAGACAAAGUCUCUAAAGGCUAAAUUUGCAACUAGCCAUACGGAAAGAUAAAGACUACUGGACCGUGCGGACGAGCAGCCAGAAUCUGUUUCAAGAAUCAAUAGCAAUUCCUGGCCACCAACCAAAAACCUCAAGUCCUCGGAAGAGAAAUCUUGCUGCAGUGCGCUACAAAGCAUUCGUAUGUACAUUCAACCCACACAUUACCCAUCAAACUAACAAUCUGGACUUCAGUUGGGAUAUUGAAUUCAGAGACCUAACCCAAGUUUGAGUCUGGAUUCAGACCAGGACUUGAUAUAUGGAUACAAACUCUCAGAUCCCAAAAGGAAUCUGCCGUUCCCUCCUUUAGAAGCGUUCAAAGCUGACCGACGUACACAUUUCGGCCGCUCCUCAUCGAGAAAGAGGGCUGUUAUGAUUACAAGUGCUUGUUGAUAUAAAACGCUAAUUAACAGUGUCAUUCAAAAAGCCCCUCGAUAAAGUAUUAGCUGUUAGCUGUUAGCUAAAUGUAGAACAUCUUAUGGGUAAAAGUAUACACAGAAGGCUUUUUUUGCAUUUGUGCUCCUGAUAAUACUUGAAAACACACAUGAGAGAGGUCACUGUGUCCCUCAAUAACACCUCGUGUCGCCAUUACAGAUUGUCGUUUGGUCAGCGUAGGUGUUUAUAUAGUCAGAGGUGUUCCAUCCAUUUCCAGUGUUGAUAUUUUGUCCGCAAGCCUGAAUGGAGAUGACAUGACCUGCUUGUAGUGACAUGCAGCAAAAAAUCGUAGUUGUCAUAACAUAUCAGCAUCUGAGGUUCCCAUACACUCUGUUUGGUUUAGAGCGGAAUUCAUAGGAGGAUUUGGAAAUGUGUGUUGUAAAUACUGUGGUCAUGGGAGUGGGGUAAUCACUCCCAGUUCUUUCGUAGGUCUCAUAGACCUUUAUAAGAGGUUGGCCUCCUCCAUUCCAGUGUCUUCAUUGGGUGGUUUUAUAUAUUUGUAAAUAUAUCUGUAUUAAUUCCAAAUGCACAGUUUGUCAGUUGUGAAACUCAAGAACGAGUGUGAUAUUUUAUGUUUGUGCGCAUGUGUGUAAUGCUGCAAAGAUGCAUUGAGGCCAAAACGUGCAUCUCUGCAGGACAGAGAGCAAAGCAAGCACACAUCUUGUGUUCUUGUAGACAUCGGAAUAAAGGGGAAAUUUACCGAUUAAUUUUGCUGUUUUUCAGAUCAGAGCCGGUGUAAGAUAAAUCCGAGUGAUUUUCUUUCUUGUGUGGUCUUGGAUCGCUCAUUCCACGAGCGGCUCGUUCCCUCGCGCUGGCCUGCCUCCAAAAACAAUCAGCUUGGGAAAUUACCUCCAAAAAUCAUGUCGGCUUAAACAAAUAGCUCUCUGAGUGAUGGCUCGUAAGUGUUUGUAUUCCAACCACUCCCGAUGCUAAUUAUGUUGGUUAAAAUGAAGGAUGAGUUUAAUUUGUAAGAGUCCUGAGGCACAAGUCCUUAUGUAAGGACGUUGUUGAACACAUUGAGAUUAGUGUUACUAAAGAACAAGACAAGGCAAAAGAGCCAUUUGGUGUUACCUCAUUUGGCUUUAACAUUUAUCAAAACAAAUGUUUUCGUGUAUUAGAGUUUUUUUUUUUUUGCUUUGGAACAAUACGAAACCUGUGUUUGAGGAAACCUAGAAGCUGCUGGAUGAUGAAGCGGCUUGUUCUGAACUUUUUGGUAAGACUCAUUGAGGGCCGAAUUCACUCGCAGUAUUUUGGUGUGAAAACCUACGUCGCAUUCCCUAACCAUAAUCCAGUUUAACCAGGCGAUAAAGUCAUUGUCAUUAUUUUCAGUGCAAACAUACUUCCUUUAUGGAUAUGCAAAUUAGGCUAAUUAUGGAGUGUGUAUUAUUCACAAAACCCACCAAUAUUUGCCUGCUGCAAUUAACGUCCCGGUACUGCAGUUAAAUGAAAUUUCAUUUUCAAGAGCUGUUUGUGUACAUUUUCUUUUGAACAUGGCAGUACAGAUUUAGUUUACACUGCCUUUUUGA